AUUAAAGCCGCACGGCAAACAAGCCACUUUUGUCAAGGAAGGAUGUUUCACGUGUUUUGUCCUUACGAACCUCUUUUAUUUAGCGUUUUACGCUUUGGUAAUUUUGACAAACGCCAUUUCUUCCCGAUCAUUACCUCCACCAAAGUCAAAUUGCCAAAGAUCGAUACAAAGAUGGCAUUGAGAACAUCAAUCAGAAAUGCUCGAGCGAUCAGAUCAAAGCUUGAAGCAGCUCGUAGUGGUUCAUCGAUUGGAGUACGAUAUGCUACAACGACUAGCUCUAAUGAAGGUUCACCUUUGAACCCUUCCGAAUCUUCAACGAAAUCCAAUCCUAAACCAGGUGCACCUGCACCAAACAAUCCAUUCACAGUAUUUGACAGAGAUGCAAAAUUACAACAAAGAACGAGAGCAUACAACAAUCCCGAAUCUUCUCGAGAAGUGGACUAUGUUCGUGAUGCUUCAAUGGCAAAUCUAUGCGAACGAUUGUUGGAUGUAAAGAGAAAUUUUGAAACGAUUGUCGAAUUGGGUGCUGGGCCAGGUCUAUUACGUCGUCAUUUAGACGCCAAAGCAACGGGGACGAAAAAGAUUAUCAUGUGCGAUACAAGCGAAACAGCUCUCAAUCGUGACGUCAACGAAGAUGGCAAUUAUCCCCUGGAAUUCGAGAGAAGGGUGAUCGAUGAAGAGCAUUUACCGUUCGAGGAAAACAGUCUAGAUUGUGUCGUUUGCAAUGGCAGUCUACAUUGGACCAAUGACUUGCCAGGAGCAUUGGUACAGAUUCAGCGUGCUCUCAAGCCAGACGGCCUUUUUAUCGGAUCAGUAUGCGGUGGAGACACUCUUUUUGAGUUACGAACAAGUUUCCAACUAGCUGAACAAGAACGUGAAGGUGGAAUCUCUCCUAGGAUAUCGCCGAUGGCCGAUUCUCGUGAUAUGGUCUCUCUUCUUUCUCGGGCAGGCUUCAAUAUUCCUACAGUCGAUACAGAUGAGAUUGAAGUCAAUUAUCCUUCCAUUUUUGAGCUAAUGUUCGAUCUUCGAUCAAUGGGCGAAAGCAAUGCAGUGAUUCACAGGAGAACGCAAAUGAAACGAGACACUCUUUUAGCAGCAAGUGCAAUCUACCCCCUCAUUCAUGGAAACGUAGAAGAAGGAACUAUUCCGGCAACAUAUCACGUAAUUUACCUUAUCGGUUGGAAGCCAGAUGCCUCUCAGAGGAAGCCAUUAAAGAGAGGACAAGCAUCGCAUAGCAUGAAGGAUAUCUUGGGUGAUGGUGGCGAUAAGCAAGAAUGACGAAUGCAAGAUUACUGUAAAAAUGUUGUACCUUGUAGCAUACGAAAUAUGAGCAUUGUGAAAGAU